UUGAAAAGUUUUGGAAAAUGUAUUUUCUUUCUUUUUCUUCUAUUAUUCCUUCUUGUUUCUUUAAAAACAAACAUAGGCUAAAGGUGAAUUAGAAAAAAUCAUAAAAUUGAAGUUAUAACAGUGAGCGAAUCCGUUGUAAAAUUAGGGUUACCGGAAGCAGCAUGGAGAAGAAGACGCUGUAUCUACCUCAUGAAUUGAUCAUUCUGAUCCUGCUGAAAUUGCCGGUGAUUUCUGUUAUACGUUUGAAAUGGGUUUGUAAGUUAUGGUUUUCUCUUAUCUCUGAUUCCCAAUUUGCAUCUUCACAUUUUGAACAUGCCGCCUCACACACUAGUAAACUUGUAUGGUUGAAAUUUCCUAAUAUUAGUUCUAGAGAUUUUGAAGCAUCAUUUAGUGAAGCUUCACCUUCCCGGGAGCUUAAUUUUAGGACGGCUUCUCGUUGUCCAGUAAUUAAAGGUUCAUGCAGAGGAUUUCUAUUCCUGCACAGUUGGGUUAUAAUCUAUCUAUGGAAUCCAUGCACUGGAUUUCACACAGAAAUACCUACGUCUCCUUUUGGUUCCAAAUUAAACUCUGCUGCUAUGAAUCAUCUAUAUGGCUUUGGUUAUGACCACUCAAGAGAUGAUUACUUGGUAGUUUUAUAUAUUCCAGAUUUCGCUAAUAGUUCAUCCCAUUUAGAGGUUUUUUCAUUUAGAGAUCAUAAGUGGAAAGAAAUUGCGGGUACUCACGGCCCUUAUUUCUCUUACUCACCUGGGGGGUUGUUCUUUAAUGGGGCUAUUCAUUGGAUGGUUGAGCGCGAUGACGAUGUACAACUUAUUGUUGCUUUUGAUUUAAUGGAAAGGGAAUUGUUAGAGAUACCUUUUCCAGAUGAAUUUGAGCCGAGUGUAAACCUUGAUGUGUGGGUAUUUGGAGAAUUUCUCAGUGUGUGGACAAAAAAGAAUGACACACUUGAAAUUUUUGUGAUGAAAGAAUACAAAGUGCAUUCCUCUUGGACUAAGACUCUUGUUUUUCGUCUUCCUAUUAUUUAUCAUGAUCUUCAAUUUUCUUAUUUUAUCCCUAUAUGCCUUACAAAAAGUGGUGAUAUUAUUGGAGAAGCUAAUGAUUGUUUUAUGAGGUUAAAUGCCGAAGGACAGUUGUUAGAGAUUAACUCCGACAUUAGCAAUACAAGUGGAUCCAAAACUGUCAUCUAUACGGAGUCUCUACUUUCACUUCCUGGCGGUGACAUCCAGCAAGUUUAACAUGACACAAAUAAGAAGAUGAGGUUCGCGAUAGCAGCUGUGACUCAUGAGCGGGGCAGAAACUAGUUAGAGCAACAAUAAUCUGCAAAUAACAGCUAUAACGACUGAUGCAUCAUGAAACAUCAACUACCUUAAUUGCGUUGUAUUUAUCAACACAUGAAUUAAUCUUCACCUUUUGACUAGGAGGACUCCCUCAAAUAAGUUGAUGAAUUUUGUUUAA